ACUCAGUGAAGAAGGCAGUGGUCAUUACUGAGGCUGCCAUCAUGGGGGAGUGGUCCUUCCUGGCUGCUUUGUUGGACAAGGUGCAGUCACACUCCACUGUAGUGGGGAAAGUCUGGAUGAGUGUUCUUUUCCUCUUCAGGAUCUUCAUUCUGGCGUCUGGUGUUGAUAAAAUAUGGGGAGAUGAACAAGCAAACAUGAACUGCAACACCAAAAGCCCUGGCUGCAAGAACGCCUGCUACGAUCGAUCCUUCCCUAUGUCUCACACACGUUUCUGGGUCCUCCAGAUCCUCUUUGUCUCCACACCGACUCUCAUCUACCUGGGCCACGUCCUGCUGGUGAUUCGCAAAGAAAACAAGCUGAGGAGACGCGUGGAGCGCAAACUUGGAAUGAAUGGGAUGAUUAAAGUUCCAAAGUAUUCAGAUGAAAAUGGCAAAGUGCAGCUCAAGGGUGUCCUUCUGGCCAGCUACAUGAUGCAGCUGCUGUUCAAGAUCCUGCUUGAAGUGGCAUUCAUUGUAGGCCAGUAUUACCUAUAUGGCUUCAUACUUAUGCCUACUAAGAUUUCAUUCCCUGACUACCCCUGUCCAGCACCAGUAGACUGCUUCAUAAGUCGUCCCACAGAAAAAACAAUUUUUAUUGUCUUUAUGUUGGCGAUGGCUGUCCUCUCAGUGAUCCUCAACAUCGUGGAGAUGUUCCACCUGAUGGUCUCAAAAAUAAAAGAGAAGAAAAUGAGGAGCAAUGGCUCAAUUCUCCCAGAGAUCAAACCAGACCACAAUUCAGCUGAGAGAGUUACACUUUGUUGAAGGACUGCGGACAGAGAUCUUCACCUUUCACAUGGAUCCUGAGCUAAUCUGCAUAAGUUGUAUCCAGUUUUAAAAUCCCUGAGUACUACAUCCAUCUUGUGUACCUACAGCAAUACAUUGUAUCUUUUACUUUUUACUUCAAGCUUCAAAUAAAUCAGCUCUGCGAUCAGUA